AUGUUUGGCGACUCUGCCGCAUUUCAGAGGGCUUGUCUCUUGAUUAUGGCUAAGCGGUCUUUAUGUAAUUCAAGUUUAAGGUCAUUUGAGGAUGUAACUUGUGGUCGUAUUGCUGCAAUGGUUAGGUUUUCAUGCUUCAUUGCUCACAUCCCUUCUUACAAACCAAAGAAAACAGCCGAACCUUCUGUUGAAGCAAUGCAUAAGAAUUUAGAAGAUGUUUCUCAAAUUCAAGCUACUAAGACAUUGACCAAAGCUACAAGUUUGAUACUUCCGAAGGCACAAGCAGACACUGGAAUUAGUAAUGGUGUCAGGGAUGUUAUAAACCCUGUAUCUGUUGAACAAAGCUGGAAAUCAGACAAAAUUGAGGACAAAAUGGAUUCCAAGAAUGACACAGGAAUCCAUCAGACAAGGCUUAUUAGGAAAAGUCUGUCUGUAGGAAGUGAAUUAUGCCACGAGGGAAUGAUUCAUUGUGAAAAUGAUACUGAGGAUACAGGAUUGAGCCCAGCUAGCGAUCACGAGAAAGAAUUGCAACCAGAGUCUGUUCACAUGAGUUCUGAUUUUGACAAGGAAUGCAUCUUCUCAAUUGGCAAUCCUCAGCAGUCCGAAAAGGAAGGACCUGAAAUUUCUGAUACCCAAUUAUCUGGUGAGGGUGGUGAUGUAUCAGGUCACCAGUCGCCUUGCAGCCCUCCCAUGAUUGCAAAAUCAUUCUCAUAUCAAGACAUGGGCAUUUUCUCACCGACUUCCCGUGGACAAACUUGUGAGUAUUUAGCCCCUCAGUCUAGAUCUUCAGAGGACCUACAUGCUCUAGAUAUGAGGUGGAAAACGAUUUCAGUUCAUGGGGAUGAAACUCACAAAAUGGGAAAACAAGAAAGGGAUGAUAAUGACCCUAAAAGUGAGGAAAACAAUUUUGAAGGUUGUCUUCAUGAAGGUUUUGAUUCUUAUAAUUACUCAGCUAUGGCAAAGGACUGGAUAAUGCCAGUUGUGGAUGAAGUAAACAUGCCAAAAAAUCUCCAAGGAGAAUCCUCCAUUCAGCAGUGGGGAGAAUUACCAAGUAAGGAUUUUAAAAUGAAGCGUAUCGAGGAUUGGGUAAACAAUCUUCAACACUAUAGUUCAUUGGAAGAGACAAAUGAAUUGCCUUCUACUGAUGGCCUCGUUGAUGGAGAUUCCGACGAUCUCGCUACUGCAAAGGUUGAUAAUAAGGUCACUCCUGGUAUGGAAGCUGCUAAAAGAUGCAUCUCUUCUUUGAGUGUCUCUGCUACCACAGCUCAUCUGUCAAACCUUGGAUUGGCAGUGAUCCCAUUUCUUUGUGCGUUUGGCAGCAUGAGGGUGCUUAAUUUAUCGGGGAACUCUAUAGUGAGAAUUACUGCUGGUGCCCUCCCUCGAGGACUGCAUAUGUUGAAUUUGUCAAAGAACAGUAUUUCUUCUAUUGAGGGUUUACGCGAGCUUACUCGACUUCGUGUACUGGACUUGAGCUACAAUAGAAUAUUCAGAAUUGGACAUGGUUUGGCAUCUUGUUCCUCUCUGAAAGAGCUAUACUUGGCGGGAAAUAAAAUAAGUGAGGUAGAGGGUCUCCAUCGUUUGUUGAAACUGACUGUACUGGAUCUGCGUUUCAACAAAAUCUCUACUGCCAAAUGUCUUGGUCAACUUGCGGCUAACUACAAAUCCUUGCAAGCCAUAAGCUUGGAAGGAAAUCCAGCCCAGAAAAAUGUUGGAGAUGAACAACUCAAGAAAUAUCUGCAAGGCCUUCUCCCCCAUCUGGUCUACUUCAACAGGCAGCCAAUCAAAUCCAGCACAUUGAAAGACGCAGCAGACCGGUCAGUUAGGCUAGGCAUCAGCUCCCAUCAAUUUGAUCGUGGCCUCAGGUCAGAGAACAAAGCUGCAAGAAAGGCUAGCCAUAGUCUAGUUGGUGCAAGGCCAUCAUCUUCAUCAACUCAUGCUCGUAAAAGUCAAGCUGUGAUCUCACCUAAACGGUCCAGGGGCAGGCAUCUCCGUUUGCCACCAAAUGGAGCGAAAGCAACAAGUCAUCGCCAUCAUUAUCAUCAUCAUGUUGAUCUUGGUAGCAAACUCAACUUUGGAUCGGAGUUCUCAUUUCACAGGAGUCGAAGUUUAGCUUGGGUUUAUUUCAUGCAACUCACGGUGGCUGGGCUAUGGAGGUGCCGGUCUCAUCCACUCUCCAUUGUCGAGCCUAGGGAGGCCAAGAGGUUGCUUCAUGGUGAUGGAACCUACAGGCUGAUGAUCGAGCCUAGGUGGCUAAGUGGUGGUGGAACCUAG